AUGACUGACGAUGACGUUUAUUUUGACAUUCCUGUCCAAAUCAAUAAUAAGUUUGAGAAGAGAAUUUCCGAAGUGUUUAGAGUUUUUGAUCACAGAGCUAUCAACAUGGUCAAUGGAGAAGAUAUCGGUUCAAUUCUACGUUUUCUAGGAUGUGUUCCAACUGAAGAACAAAUUCAGACUAUCAUAAAAAAUACUGAAUUUCCCAGUCAUCCUGGUGAUAUUCAUCUUUCAAAUUUCUUGCCAUACAUAAAGGAUUUACUCAUUCGUCAUGAGAUGAAACCAUCAAAACCAGAAGCGUUGUUACAGGCUUUUAAAAUUCUAGAUCCCAAGGACAAAGGAUUCAUUGAAAAGGAAAUCUUUGAAUCGUUCAUAAAAGAUUGUGGUGAAGCAAUGAGCGAAGAAACUUAUAAGGAAAUGAUGAAAACUGCUGUUGAUCCAAUCGAAAAGAAAGUUUAUUACGAACCUUACAUUAGAAAACUUAUGCAUGAACCUGAAGAUUCCAUCUAUAAACUAGCUGAUGCUUAUAUAGCAACUACCGAAGGGUCAAGAGCUUCAAUGAGAAGAAAAACAUUUCUCAGUAAAUGA